UCCAGAAGUUGAUAUUUUUUCAUAAAUACCGAAAGAUGUUAGGAUUUUCAAACCAUACGAUAUCGAUAUUUUGUUGGAGACCGUUGUAAUGUUGUAUGGAAGAGCGAGUGCAAUUUUAACUAAUUUACUGAAACCAGCAUUAAAAGUUGGCGAACUAUAUGCAGAUUCGAUGGAUUUAAAAAUGCCGAAAGAAUAUUUAGUUAGAUAAACGGAGCUGUUCUUUAAAUAUCCUUAAAAGAUUUAUCUAAACACUUCGUCAUUUGAGUAGAUACUUAUGCAAAAAGAACCAAAUACUGAUGUGAUGGGUUAAUUUUCUCUUGAAUUACCUUCAACUCAAAAGACAUAUUUUGUUCAUUUCUAAUAAUAUAUAUAAUGUAAACAUUUUAGACUAUCUUUUAAAAAAAUACCUGCUUGAAGAGCUGGUACAGUUAUUUAAAUAUGCCAAUAAUUGCAGGAGUGUAAAUCCUUAACGGUGAAAUGUAGUGUCAAUUAACUGUACAUUGCUUAUGUUUGAGGAAGUGGCAUAAUAUUUUAUUAUUUUGUUAUUAUUUUGUACAAAGUUCUGCUUUAAUUCUGUACGGAAAUUUAGUUGUUUCUUUUAUAAUUUUUGUGAUAUAAUAAUAAAUGUUAACUGAACUCAAAAAUCAUUUGUUUAGAAAAUUUAUUAAGAAACAUGGAAUAUUGAGUGCCGUUCUUCUUGAUUCUCAUGAGUUGAUAGAUGAAAUUGAAAGGCGGGUAUCAGGUGUUCUCAAACUGUGUUUGUGUUUCGCUUUGUGCGUUUUUAUUCGUUAGCGGGUUUAGUUCGUUAGAAGUGUUGUAUAGAAAUGGUAGAGGAGUCGUCACCGCCUGCGGCAGCGCCUGCUCCAGCUUCUGCUGGCCCAAAAAAGGGGAGGAAGUCAACCGGAGGUCCUAAGAAGCCGAAAUCAAAGCCAACCCAUCCGCCAACAUCUGCGAUGGUGAACGCGGCAAUCAAGAACUUGAAGAUGCGUGGAGGUUCGUCACUGCCUGCUAUCAAGAAGUACUUGGCUUCGAAUUACAAAGUUGAUGUUGAGAAACUGUCGCCAUUCAUCAAGAAGUACUUGAAGAGUGCCGUUGUGGGAGGCAAACUGAUUCAAACGAAGGGCAAAGGAGCUUCUGGCUCGUUCAAGUUGCCAGCGAAGGAUAAGAAAGAAGGUGGUGCCAAACCAAAAGUAGUAAAGAAGGCUGGUGAGAAGAAAGCCAAGUCCGCUAAACCGAAGAAGACUGGCGAAAAGAAAGCAGCCAAGCCUAAGAAGGCCGCAGGUGAGAAAGUGGCUAAGAAGAAGGCGGCGACUACUGCUGCCAAGGCUGCGAAGAAGACUGGGAGUGUGAAGACAAAGGCACCAAAAGAAAAAGCGGCAAAGGCCCCGAAGGUGAAAGCGAAGGCACCGAAACCGAAAAAGGCUACUGGAACAAAGAAACCAGCUGCAAAGAAGGCUUCCACCAAGAAGUAAAUCUGCUGUGGGGGAUUUGGGUGCUACAUGUGAACAGGGAGUUCACAAACCAAAAACCAACAGCCCUUUUCAGGGCUACCGAACUUUCGAGGAGUAAAAUUUUACAAUUUUGUAGUAUCAAAAAAUGUUGCAACGUUCUCGCUGCUUUGAGUGAAGACGUAAAAAUGGCUCAUUUUCUUCUUUUUGAAUAAUUUUACUGAUUUUGAUAUUAAUCUACCAUUAUUUGGGGGUAGAGUGCCUUAAUCAUGUUUCACUCUAGUAACCAACGUCAAUUUUGCUAUACUGCCUAGUUCUAAGUAUUAAAUAUUUUAUCUGCCAUUUGGUAUUCGACAAUUUUGCGAAAAACAACAAUUUUUUAAUUCCUAGAAUGAGUGAACAUAAACUUAUAGCUAACUUAGGGA